CGAUUGAUUCGAAAAUGAUGUAGCCAAAAAAAAGAUACGAUUAUCUUGCAAAAAAGUCUUCCAAAUAAAAAAUUGAAUCCAACAUAUCACAAACCACCCUUUCUGAUGUGAUACAAUUGUUACUAGAAUCAUUGAAUAUUGUUUGUUUGCAAUCAAGUCUUCCAUAAAUUUCAAUUCACAAUGAAUGAUAAAGUAUCUAAUUUAGUAAAUCAGUGGUCAUCGUUGAAAGAACGUGUUCGCAGCAAAAUUCCUGAAUCAUGCACCGAAGCUGUGGACAAAAUUCGAGGUCGACGAGGUGAUGAACAUGAAAUGGGUACAUUUCGCACAUUCGAACCAACUAAUCAGAUGGCAGGCGAUGGUGGCUUCAAUCAAACCAUCGGAAGUGGAUUUGUCGAAUAUCAAGAAGGUGCAAAUGGUUAUUAUGAGGGCCAACAACCACCACCACCACAUUUAUCAUAUGAUCCGCAUACUGGAACUUCGGGCAAAAUUAGUGCAUGGCAAGCUGGAUGGAACAUAACCAAUGCCAUUCAGGGAAUGUUCAUCGUUUGUUUACCAUACGCCGUGCUACAUGGUGGAUAUUGGGGUGUAUUUGUAUUGGUGUUUGUAGCGUAUAUCUGUUUCUAUACCGGGCGAAUAUUGGUACAUUGCCUAUAUGAACCUAAUGAACAAGGGCAAAUGAUCAGAGUUCGCGACAGUUAUGUUAAAAUAGCCGAAGCAUGUUUGGGAGAAAAAUAUGGCGGCAUUCUAGUGAAUACGGCACAGAUAAUCGAAUUGUUGAUGACAUGUAUCCUAUACGUGGUGUUGAGUGGCGAUCUGAUGAUUGGUUCCUUUCCGGAAGGUGUUAUCGAUCAACGAUCAUGGAUGAUGAUAUCGACAAUGUUAUUAUUGCCAUGUGCAUUCCUGACCAAUCUACAUUCCGUAUCGACAUUGAGUUUUUGGUGUACGGUUACGCAUAUCAUUUUGAAUGUCAUCAUUUUAGGCUAUUGCCUCAUUCAGAUUGGCGACUGGCAAUGGUCCAAAGUGACACUGCGUUUGGAUAUGGGUACAUUUCCGAUCACCCUCGGCAUUGUUGUAUUCAGUUAUACAUCGCAGAUAUUUCUUCCCACACUCGAAGGUAAUAUGCAAAAUCCGGAUGAAUUCGAAGAGAUGCUCAAAUGGAGCCAUAUUGCUGCUGGUCUGUCCAAGGCAUUGUUUGCAUUGAUCGGAUUUCUUACAUUCGGCGAAGAAACACAGGACGUCAUCACCAACAAUCUACCGACUCGUGGUUUUCGUGGUCUGGUCAAUCUAACAUUGGUGACAAAGGCAUUGUUAUCAUAUCCAUUGCCGUAUUUUGCUGCAGCUAGUCUUAUUGAAUCGGCGUUAUUUCGUAGCCGGCCAACUGAACAACGUCCAGAUGGCGAAGGUGAUCAACCAUUUCCAACUUGUUGGGGACGAGAUAAUGAACUUCGGGUUUGGGCUGUUACACUUCGAGUUUUGCUGGUUUUGUUCACCAUGUUUAUGGCUGUAUCGAUACCACAUUUCGUUUUAUUGAUGGGUUUGAUUGGCAAUUUCACUGGCACAAUGUUAUCAUUUGUAUGGCCAUGUUAUUUUCAUAUGAAACUUAAGUGGCAUACUCUCGACAUUCGCCACAUUGCUUGGGAAGUGUUCAUAAUUUGUUGUGGAAUACUGUGCGGCAUAAUUGGCAUCAUAACUAGCUUUACGGCACUUGUUGAAACCUAUCAUAUACCACUGCCAUAUCCGGAUCAGAAUGCUUUGCAAGGAUAAUGAUGACUUUUCCGCAACUAUAUUUUGUCAUUUUGGUUGAACAAUUUCGCUUAGACAUUUUGCUUUUGAUUUGUUUUCGAUUGUUAACAUAUAUUAUCCACAUUUGUAAGUUUGCCUGUUUCAAGUGACGGUGUUAAUCAAUCAAUCAUGUAGAAUUUGUGUCCAUUAUCAUUCAUUGUUCAUUCAAUGACCAUGUCUUCCAUCUAAUUCAUUCAUUCAUUAAUU